AAAGAUCAUUCAUGGCCUCUUUCCAAACCCUCAAGUCAACAUACUUGAUCAUAGCUCUCCUCUUAUCCCUCCAAUUGUCCAAGAUCAUAGGUCAUGGAGGCAUUGAACACGACAGCAGCACCACCACCACCCCAGAUUUGCAUUCAAAAGGCUUAAUUCUGGUGAAAAUCUGGUGUUUAAUCAUUCUAUUUGUCAGCACUUUCGCCGGUGGCGUCUCGCCUUAUUUCUACCGAUGGAACGAGAGCUUUCUUCUGUUGGGCACUCAGUUUGCUGGUGGGGUGUUUUUGGGCACCGCACUGAUGCAUUUCUUGAGCGAUUCAACGUCAACCUUUGGAGGUCUUACGACGAAAAGUUACCCUUUUUCAUUCAUGUUGGCUUCCGCAGGUUAUCUUCUCACUAUGUUGGGUGACUGUGUGGUGGCCUAUGUGGUGAAGGGCGUUCAGAGAGAGGCUAAAGUGGAGACAGGAGGAGGAGACGUGACGGUUGAGGGUCGUGCAGAGGAUAUGGAAAUGGAUCUCAAUCCAGUAUUUGUGUCGACAAAGUCAGUGGGGGACAGCAUACUUCUCAUUCUUGCCUUGUGUUUCCAUUCGGUUUUUGAGGGUAUUGCUGUUGGAGUAGCAGAUACCAAGGGUAAUGCAUGGAGAAACCUGUGGACAAUAUCCUUGCACAAGAUCUUCGCAGCCAUAUCCAUGGGGAUUGCACUGCUGAGAAUGAUACCAAAGAGGCCAUUUCUAUCAACAGCUUCUUACUCUUUCGCAUUCGCCAUUUCAAGCCCAGUGGGAGUGGGAAUAGGCAUCGCCAUUGACGCCACGACUCAAGGUCCUACAGCUAAUUGGAUUUAUGCCAUCUCAAUGGGACUUGCCUGUGGUGUUUUCGUCUAUGUUGCCAUUAACCAUCUCAUAGCAAAAGGGUUUAAACCGCAAGCUCAUUGUUAUUUUGAUACCCCAUUUUAUAAGUUGCUUGCUGUGGUUAUUGGCGUGGGAGUUAUAGCAGUUGUUAUGAUUUGGGAUACUUAG